AUGGCGAGACUGGCUGGUGCUUGUCUCUCCAGUGACGAUGAUCUCCCUGACCUGAAGACCCUACUUCAGAAACCCAGCACCAGAGCAACGAAGAAGACGACUAAGUCGGCACCCUCAACUACCGCUGCCCGUGCUCCUAAAGCCACAAUCAACUCCGAAUCCCGCCGUGUCCGACGUCUCGGGGAGCCAAAUCAAGUCACAGCCAAUCCUCUCUUCCAAAAAUGGAACUUGGAACAAGAGGAAAACAUCAGGGAACGAGGCACCAAGGCUCGAGCAAAAAGUUCGACAAGGUCAUCACGAGAAACAAUUCCUGGCUCCCAGACGGAAAUGAAGUCUGUUUCUGACUCCGAAGAUGAGGGUUUUAUCCCACAUGUUCGCCAGCAACCUAGCAGACGGAGAAAUCGAAGGAUUGUAGAAGACUCUGAUGAUAGCGAGGGUGGCAGCGAAGAGGGUUCCAGCUCUGAGAAGGAGACUGUGUUAACAAGAGUCCGACGACUUCAAAAGGCCAAGACGAGUAAAAUCACAAUGCCCAGUACGGACGCCAAAAAGCAAACCUCAAAAAUUGACUUGACAAAGUCCAAAGCGUUGCUGUUCGCACGCGAGAUUGACAGUGAGAUCGAUAGUGGAACUGACACGGAGGUGAACCAUGAGGAGGAACAAGCCGAUGAGCCCAGUGUCUAUCAGACUGCGGAUGAGAUUUCCGACUCUGUUUCUGAGCCUGACUGGCUGAGCGAAUCUCCUGAUGUGCUGGCGAGAAAAGGGACGAGACAAGUCAGCAACCCACUACCAAGUACUACUGGCACGAGGACUCGUGUGCCUUCGAUCAAGAAUGUACCAGCUCUUGUACCAAAAGCAUCUGGCCGUGCUACAGAUGUCAACAGCAUAGUCCGCGAUAUCACGAAGAAGACAGCAUCGGACAAGGAGGUUACUGCAUCUCGCAAAACUAGCAAGGGCACCCGACAAGGCGUUCCAGGCACAAGCACAGCCUCCGACCUUGCAGAUACACUAUCCAAACUACGACUUCAACUCGAAGACUUCUCAGAUGAGGAUAGUAAGCUAUCGAGCAAGGAUCAGUUCACCACACCCCCUACUACGCCACCUAGAGGCACGAAGUCCAAGGGCCUAGCAUCCCCGAACAAAAAGAUUGUUAUACCCAAGACACCUCAUCGCCCGAGCAUGGACGCUUUCUGGAAUCAGGAUUUCGUCAACGAUUGGAAUGAUCAACAUUCACCACGCAAGCUUAUGCUCCCUCCCGUCACCAAGAGUCCCAGUAAGACGAGUCCCAAGAAGGAUCCCAAAAAGGAAACCAAGAAGUCCUUCGCUGCUAGGAAACACGCCCUGGCCGAGAGUUUCCUGCUUGAACUGGAUGACAAGAUCACACAGGGCAAGAUUGCUGAACUUGCUGAGUCCACUGGUGGUGUAAAGCUUGUAUGGACAAAGACCCUCAACACUACAGCUGGUCGAGCAAGCUGGCGUCGCGAGACUACCCGAACUACGCGAAAGGCUGACGGCGAGCAACUAGCUGUGACCUACAAGCAUCAUGCCUCGAUCGAGCUCGCUGAAAAGGUCAUCGAUGAUGAGCACCGCCUCCUCAACGUGAUGGCCCACGAGUUCUGUCAUCUUGCCAAUUUCAUGGUCAGCGGCAUCACAACGAAUCCCCACGGUCGUGAGUUCAAAAUUUGGGCGGCGAAAUGCUCAUCUGUAUUCGGUGAUCGUGGAAUCGAAGUGACAACCAAGCACAGCUACGAUAUUGACUUCAAGUAUGUGUGGGAGUGCGAUGAGUGCGGAACCGAGUUCAAGCGACACUCGAAGAGCAUCGACCCGAAACGACAUCGAUGCGGUAGCUGCAAGGGACUCUUGAAACAGACGAGACCGGCGCCCAGAGGAGCAGCGGCAGGGAAAGCCCCAAGCCGAUAUCAGACAUUUGUCAAGGAGCAGAUGGCUAUCGUACGGGCAGAGAAUCCUGGGAGUCCGCAAAAGGUCGUGAUGAAGCUCAUUGCGGAGAAGUGGGCGAAGCAAGAGGGCGGGAAGGCUGGGGGCAAAGCUCCUAGCAAAUUGGGAAUUGAGAGCGUUACUGAGAAGCUGGUUGAUUUGACUAUUGAAGGCCAAGCAUGA